AUGGUGCGAACCUUCCCGCUUAAAAUUUAUAACGAUAAAUCAAACAAGGUUUACAAACGAAUAGAACAGAAACAGCAAAAAAACAAAUAUUCUACUAAGAUAUCUGAUAUAUGGAGUAUCACAAAUCAAUCUGAUAAUGUGUUUAAACAAAAAGAUCAAAAUAUAGCAAAUUUUUUUCAAAUUAGUAAACAAUCUAGAGGACAAGGUAAAAAUUAUGGUCAACUUUUUAAUCAAUUACCUAAAUCUAUAUCUAAGAAACAAAGAUUAUCUAUUACAAAUGUUGCUAAGUUACGAAAUUUUAAUGUUAAUGUUAAUGUGAAGUGGCAGACCGGGUAUAAAGGAAGACUACGACAUUCCCAUACGUUAUCUCAAUUUAAAGAUCAUUUAACUGACAAAUAUCAUACACCUUUAGUCACUCAAUUGAAACAAUCUCUCUCCAAUAUAGAUUGUAAAAUACAAGUAACAAAAUUAAAGCAACAAUAUGAUACAUUACUAAGAGUUAAAUCAAUGGAAAGAUUAUCUAAUCAUGAAUUAUUAAUUAUACCUUAUACAUCAAAACAUAAUAUGAGUAAAUAUGUCUUACAUAUAAAUAAGAAUAUGUCCAUAAAUUAUAAUUCUAUCAAUCAGCAAACUCAACAUUUACAAUUAGCAAUCUUGGCUAAAUCAGCGAUAAAAUUGUCCAAUAACACUUAUUGGUGUCUCUCAUGGAAGUUAAUCCAAAAAUAG